CUUUUUUCCCCCAGCAUGGCCCCCAAACACCAGUCUUCUCUUCCACCCCAAGCGAAGAAACUGAAGAAGGCCAGGCCGACUCCUGCCUCCAGGCCAGACGAGGCAUCUGCUUCUUCAAACUUGCCGAAGGAAGAAAAAGAACAGCAAGAAGCAAUUGAACAUAUUGAUGAAGUACAAAAUAAAAUAGACAGACUUAAUGAACAAGCCAGUGAGGAGAUUUUGAAAGUAGAACAGAAAUAUAACAAACUCCGCCAACCAUUUUUUCAGAAGAGGUCAGAAUUGAUCGCCAAAAUCCCAAAUUUUUGGGUAACAACAUUUGUUAACCAUCCACAAGUGUCUGCACUGCUUGGGGAGGAGGAUGAAGAGGCGCUGCAUUAUUUGACAAGAGUUGAAGUGACAGAAUUUGAAGACAUUAAAUCAGGUUACAGAAUAGAUUUUUAUUUUGAUGAAAACCCUUACUUUGAAAAUAAAAUUCUCUCCAAAGAAUUUCAUCUGAAUGAGAGUGGUGAUCCAUCUUCAAAGUCCACUGAAAUCAAAUGGAAAUCUGGAAAGGAUUUGACGAAACGAUCAAGUCAAACACAGAAUAAAGCCAGCAGGAAGAGACAGCAUGAGGAACCAGAAAGCUUCUUCACCUGGUUUACUGAUCAUUCUGAUGCAGGUGCAGAUGAGUUAGGAGAGGUCAUCAAAGAUGAUAUUUGGCCAAAUCCAUUACAGUACUACUUGGUUCCUGACAUGGAUGAUGAGGAAGGGGAAGGAGAAGAGGAUGACGAUGACGAUGAAGAGGAAGAAGGAUUGAAAGACAUUGAUGAAGAAGGGGAUGAGGAUGAAGAUGAAGAUGAUGAUGAGGGGGAGGAAGGAGAGGAAGAUGAAGGAGAAGAUGACUAAUGGAACACUGAUGGAUUCCAACCUUUUUUAAUUUUCUCCAGUCCCUGGGAGCAAGUUGCAGUCUUUGUUUUUUUCCUCCUCUUGUGCUCAGUCGCCCUGUUUUUGAGGUCUCUUUUCUCCUUUAUACCAUGGUUCACAACUUAUUUGGGGGGGAAA